AUGAAUGGUUUAAAAAAAGACACUGACGCCCAAAAUAUAGAAUCUGCAGCAAGAAUACCGGAAGGGGCAGAACCUUUACAACCAACAGAGGAAACUGCUUUAAAAAUGGAAUGUGCAGAAACAAAUCAGGAAGAAGUGGAGCCUUUAAAAACACCAGAAGACACUGGCUCCCAAAAUAUAGAAUCUGCAGUAAAAGUAUUGGAAGAAGCAGUACCAUUACAACCAACAGAAGACACUGGCACCCAAGGAUUAGAAUCUCCAGUAGGAAUGUCAGAAGGGGUAGUUGCUUUACAACGUAAAGGAGACACUGUUGCUUUAGAAACAGAAUCUGCAGAAGAAUUACUGGAGGAAGGAGAACCUCUACUAACAACAGAAGACAAAGUCGCCCAAGAUAUAGAAUCUUCAACAGAAAUACCGGAAGGGGAAAAUCCAGAACAACCAACAGAAGACACUUUGGCUGUUUCUGAAUAUGCAGAACAAUUACUAGAGGAAGCAGAACCUCCACAUACAACAGAAAACACUGACGCCCAAAAUAUAGAAUCUGAAGCAAGAAUACGGGAAGGGGCAGAACCUUUACAACCAACAGAGGAAACUGCUUUAAAAAUGGAAUGUGCAGAAACAAAUCAGGAAGUAGUGGAGCCUUUAAAAACACCAGAAGACAGUGGCUCGCUAAAUAUAGAAUCUGAAGUAAGAGUAUCGGAAGGAGUGGUACCAUUACAACCAACAGAAGACACUGUCGCUUUUGAAACAGACACUGUCGCUUUUGAAACAGAAUAUGCAGGACAAUUACUAGAUGAAACAGAACCUCUACAAAUAAAAGAGGAAACUGAUUUAAAAAUGGAAUGUGCAGAAACAAACCAGGAAGAAGCGGAGCCUUCACAAACAUCAGAAUCUGCUGCUGCUAGCAAUGCCGAAAGUAAUCCUUCUGAAAGUGAAAACCCGGAUUCUUCAAUGUCAAAAGCGGAAACUAAAGGCCAGGUUUUUUAUCAAAUCCUUCGAAAGCUUGGAUUGGCAGAUAAUUUUCCUGGUAAAAUAUCCAUGCAAGAUGUCAUAGCAGUUGAUCCAAACAGACCCAUUGAGCAGGUAAAUGGAAAGAUAUCCCUUCAGGAUAUUCCUUGGUUGGUUCUGAAACGUUUGAUUUGUGCUCAUAGUGAAUGUAGAGACAUAACAGUGUCAGAAGAAGAAACUACUGACCAAAGUUUGAACGUAGAGGAAUCAUUUACAUUGUUUUUUGAAAUAACCGAAGUCAAUCAAGACAUUAGCCCAUUAGAUAUAUUCACUGUCGUUUUUCAAUGUUGUGAUCCAGUUUUGAAACAAAUAUUUGUUCAAAAACUAUAUCUUUGCAAACUUGCAGUACCCUUCAUAUAUAGGUAUUGGGAAAGUAAUGAAAAACAAACUCCAAUAUUAUCUGUAUGGCCGUUGCGAUCCCUAGCCAUAGAAAGUAAGCAAAGAUAUGCGAAUGAAAACAAUGUACAGGGUAUCGAAAGUGAUGUACUUUAUCUUCAAACAAAAGUCGUUGCAUUUGGAAGGUUAGGUCGCCCACGCUAUUCGAAAUCAAAACUGAUUAACAGUCUUCUUUUAAGUCAAGAUUGUAAAACGUUUUUCAAUAUUGACUGUCCUUCUGGAAUGACACCAAGACAACUAAGUAAUGGACAAGUUGAAAUGUUUUGGUUGCCUACCAUCGAUGAAAAAAAAGAUAGAUUUCAGGAUGCUAUGACAUUUUUGAAUUUGAGGGGUGAUCUAGAACAAGACUUUAGUAAAGACCUUUUGAUUUUCAUUUCACACUUUAUAGAUUCAAUUGUUAUUAUUAUUGACUUAGACAAGGUUUUGAAACACAGUAGAAUGGUAAAAGAUGUUCUUCUUCAAUUUUCCUCAGUUAUUUUGAUAAUUGCAAACCCUUUAAACCGUGAUGCGGUGAAACAAGUACAGUGUUUUCAAAGUGAAGUGAAAUCAUCAAAAUUUAUUUUACGAAUAUUAAGCACACAUAAAGGUGCUGUUGAACAGAAUAUCGUAGACAUGUUAUCAAGUAUAACAAAAAUUAUUUCAAAUACACUUAAAACAAACAAUGCAAUGUCUUUUGAAGAACGAUUGCUGCAAGCAAAUUUGACAACAAUUAAAACAGACGAGGAAAACGAAGAUUGUCAAAAAGGCAAGCUACAUGCUACUGAAAUAAUUAAACAUAUGAAAACUGUGAGUGAACCCAGUAGUUGGAAACAAGACUUAACACCAGUCCAUGGUAAUUUUUCAAAACAUUUGGGAAAGCUUUUAAAGGAAAGAGAAAGGGAAAGAGACCAUUCAAAAGGGGUCAAUAUAGAUAAAAAAAUUAGAGCAGUAAGACAACAACAAAUAGAAUCGAUUACUGAAGCUGUUCGACUUUUUAUCGACAUUCUCAUUGAAAACAAGAGUUCACUCACAGUACUUAGAUAUUUUCUUUGCUGGUUACAUUUUUUUAUUGAAAGAGAAAAACGGCGAAUAUUACCCCGGCUGAUGCAUGCUAAUCGAAGUGCUUGGGAAACGCUAAAAGCACUAAAGGGUGCUGAAGAAGUGGUUAAAGAGGACAUACAAACACAGGAAACUGUCAUAACAGACCUAGAAGAAAGAAUUGAUGAAGCAUCAUUUGCAGUUCAACAUUUUAUUCGUGAAAUAGGUCAUAUAUAUGAAGCUAUUUCAGAACUCAAAAAAGACCCAAACAAGUUGAAAUUACCAAAAUUAAGUAAAACAUCAGGUAUAAUCGGUCGUCUUGUUGCUGACGGGCACCCAUUUGAGCUUAUUGAUGGUGAGAGCUUUUACAUGCCUUACAUGUGGACAAAAAAGGUCCUGGAAAUAGUAAAUGCAUAUAUUGGAUCUAGUAAAGUUAUGACGCUCGGCGUUUUAGGUCUGCAAAGUUCCGGGAAGUCGACACUUUUAAACACGAUGUUUGGAUCCCAGUUUUUAUCACGAACCGGUAGAUGUACUAGAGGAAUUCAUGUACAACUCAUUCCUGUAAAAAAAUAUAAUGACGCAGCUUCUUCUGUGUUUAGUUAUAUACUUAUUGUCGACACAGAAGGCCUCAGGUCACCCGAGUUAAGCAAUGUGCAACAUGAGCAUGACAAUGAAUUGGCAACCGUAGUAACCGGUGUAGGUGAUAUUACAAUGUUCAAUAUAAUGGGUGAAAAUACGAGUGAAAUCCGGGAUAUUCUACAAGUGAUUGUUCAUGCCUUUUUAAGAUUGAAAAUGGCAAAUGAAAAAUUAGAUAUAAGGAAAAGUUGUGCCUUUAUUCAUCAAAAUGUGACCGAUACGUCAGCAUCAGAAAACAUGAUAAGCGGUUUAAGUAAAUUAAUGCAUACUCUGGAUGAAAUGACCCAGGAAUCGGCAAAAAGUGAAGGCAUACAUGACAUCAAGACAUUUAACCAAGUUAUCGAAUUUGAUAUAACUUCACAAGUGUGGUAUCUGAAGAAUUUAUGGCAAGGAAAUCCACCGAUGGCAAGAGUAAAUAAUGAAUACAGCGAACGUAUAGUUGAUAUAAAAUGCAAAAUCUUGAAGAAAGCAUUGACAAUGAAGAAUAAAUCUUACAAAUCAUUAAACGAUAUUGUUGAACAUGCUCAUAGUUUAUGGAAAGGUGUCCUUAAUGAAGAUUUUGUUUUUUCUUUUAGAAAUAGUCUUGAAAUAAAAGCUUACAUGCAAAUGGAGGAUUAUGUUGUAGCUGAACUGUGGAGGCUUGAAAUUCAUAUUCAAGAUAAGUUAAUACAAAUGUCACAAAACAAAUUUGCUUCUUGUGAUCAAAAAGAAAAUUUGCAAGAUGUUGCAGACGAAAUUAUAAGUGAUCUGAGCCGUCUUCUUUCGCAUGAGAGAACUAAAACUGUAGAGAUUAUUAAGAGAUAUUUUGAUGGUAGUAAAUACAAAGACAUAAUCAUUCAAUGGGAAAAUAAUCAACAAGUUCGUGUUAAAUUUUUGUGUGAAAAACUCCAACAGGUAUCCAAAAAGCAUGUACAAAAAUGCCAAGUGAAAAGAUCAUUACAAAUUCUUACAGUUACAUGUCAAGAAAAGCACGAAGAGGAGCUACGGAAAAGAUCAAUUGAAGUUGCAAAGGCUCACAUAGGUCAGAAAUUAAAAAGUGAAGAUGUAGAUAGGCUUUUUGAUGAUAUCUGGAAAGAAUUUUUGAAUAAGGUUGAUACUUCUUCUGCAAGUUCAGAAAAGCAGAUUAUAAAUUUGGAAAACAUAUUCAUGACAUGCCUUGAAAAUAUUUUAAAUAAAAAACAUCCUUAUCUUAAGAACGUUUUGAAGGACAAAUAUUCCUUAUCACCAUUAUCAGAAGCAAAACCAUUAGCCAAUUCGUUUUGUGAAACAGGAAUAAAUGAUAAAGACAUAGGCUGCACAUUUUUUCAAAAGGGAAAAGAUAUCAUGGGAUUUUCUGAUAUUAAGAAAUAUGUCGGAGACAAGGUUAACCUAAUAUUUGAAUCAGUUGAUAGGAAAAUUGCAGAACUUUGUAAUGUGGAUGAUGAAGUAACGGAAAUGUCAGUCGGCAAGUUAAUGCAUGAGUAUGCUCAUCCCAUUUUUGAAAACCAUAAUGAAAAAUAUUACAAAACGCAUAGCACUGCUAUCCUGCUUGAACAAUACAAGGUUCAACAGAAAAUCAGUUUUAAGUCUCAUUUACAACGUCGCAAAAUUGAAGAAUUAAUCGCAGAACUUUUGUCUAAUGUCAUAGAAGGUUUUGCAGAUGAAUGGACAUCUCAAAGCUUGCCGAAUAAGGUCGCUGAAAAGUUACAAUCUUUUCUUCCGAAAGUUAAAAAUAGAGUCAUUAUUGACAUAUGCACCGAUCUUUUGGAAAAAGAAAGUUUUAAGAAUUUCAAUAGAUAUAUAAUGGAUCCAUACGGAUAUGCAAGUUCUUGGAUAACAAUAGAGGCUAAUCGUUACCUUGAUGACUCAAAGUUUCAGGUCAUUGCAAUUACUUCAAUGUCACUGCUUGACGUUUUGUUUACUAAUAUCAAAAGAUGCGUGAAUGAGAUACAUAAGGAAUAUGAAGGGAAUCCUCCGCCGUCGAUUGAAACGUGGAUAGAAACUUUCCGAAACACAAUGGCAUUGGCAGAUUUAUCUAUUCCAUUUGAGAGCUUCCGUAAUGUAAGGCAUGAACAAUCAUCUAGAAUACAAAACAUGGAACAUUUAACAAAUACACUUUUAGAAUAUUUGAGCAAUUCUGAAAAGAAACUCGCUACCAAAUUCAAAUCACAGAAGAGUUAUACAAUUAAAUGGACAGGUUUUAAUCCUAUAACCCGAAUAAUUGAAAAGAUAUGGGGUUGUAAAGAACAGUGUGUUUUUUGUGGAGAGCCGUGUGCAAAGGAUCAAAACCAUGAAGGAUCCGAACACUACAGCAUACAGCAUCGUCCGUCGUGCUGCAGGGGUACUUUUAGGAGUUCUACGAAGUUAGCAUGCUUAGAAUCAUGCAAUUGUGAUGUUCAUUCAAACACAACACAUACGUGUUCUAUAAUCAAGUACGUUUGUAAUAAUGGAAAAAAAGAAGACUGUGGGAAAACUCACUAUUAUAAGGAUUUUAAAACUUACUUUCCAAAUUGGGACAUAGCACCAUCAUCUAUUAUGAGUGAAUCAUCUGAAUAUUGGAUGUGGUUUGUGGCAACAUACAAAGAUCAACUAAAGGAACAACAUGGUUAUCUGAUUGAUAAUAUUCCUCCUACCUGGAGCGAAAUUACAACAUCUAUGGCAAAGGAGAGUCUUCAUAAGGUCUAUUUUACUUGUUAA